UUUCAAUAUUAUCAAAUCCCUUGGGCUUUACGGCUUUGUUUAUGUAAAUAGAGUACAUUUCUCGUUCUUUAUUUCCUUUCAGCGGCGUGCAGAAGGACAGUUCCACUCAAGCAAAUCAUGGUCGGCCCACGAUAUUGCCGACUUCCCAACUGGAUGGCCAGAGAAUCAGACAGAAGCUACGUGAGACACAUUCACCUCGAAGUAAAGUGCUCGUAAAAUGGCCGAAACAAGCGAAGUUGUGCUUCGUCAUGCCAAUCGUGGCGAUUUAGAGCGAAGAAGCCGGCCAGAAUCGUCGCAUAAAGGCAACCUAAAACGUCUCAAGACGAGCAGCGUCGGCGGCUUUCAAAGAUGGGAAAAAGAAAACGAAUUGCUUUGGGCGAUGCUCGAAGAUGAGACGGAAUGGCUUGCGAAACUCUUCCCUGAUAUUAUCAUCACGCCGGAGCUGUUUUUCUACGCUCUCGAAGACGGUGUUGUGCUCUGUCGUUUGGCGAACCUUAUUCAAGAAACGGCCGACGAUUACGGUCGCAAAAACAAAGUCAAAGUUCCCGCGAAGGGCUUUAAAUUUCACAAGCAUACCGAAAAAAAACAAACAACUAGCCCGCUCUUCAAAUCUCGUGAAAAUGUACAAGGUUUCCUGACGUGGUGCAGACAGAUUGGGAUUUCUGAUUCGAUCCUUUUCGAAUCCAACGAUGUCGUCGAAGCGGAUGAAUGUAGAGAAGGGUGCAGAGAGGUGGUCAUAUGCCUCAUGGAAAUCGCCCGCCGUGCCUCCGGGGCAUUUAAAUUCACGCCUAUACCCAAGUUAAUUCAACUCGAGAAGGAAAUUGAAAUCGAAGAGCAAAAAGAAGCCGAAGAGAAUUCGACAGAUCAAGUGGAUUUCGCCAGUUCGGACGAAGAGUCGAACAAUAGUUGCCCCAGUCCAGAAACCCACUCCCCUCCCCAAAACGAUGAACACCCUACUCCCACGGGAGAUAAGAAGAAGUCAAAACGCCAUCACCCCAAAAGCGAAUUGGACAAAGAGGUGUAUAAAAUUAUCGAUAACUUCAAUGUGUAUAACAUACGAAAAAUCAAGGAGGGAAAAUACAUGAUCUUGGGGAAAAUCAUAUUCGUACGGAUGCUAAAUGGGCAUGUUCUUCUCCGUAUUGGCGGUGGCUGGGACACAUUGGAACAUUACCUUUUAACCCAUCUUCCAAAAGCUGCUUCUGAGAACGGCCAUUGCUCAAAAGAGGUUGCAGUAUCGCCGUCUGUUUCGAAAACACCUCAGAAAUCACAGCUGACGAAAAUUUUAGACAAAGUGAAAAAGGAGCAUCAGUUGAAAGCAACGCCAUCUCCCUAUCGUACAGCUGUUCGAACGGGAAACAAACGCGAGGAAGAAAGCGACGAAAAAGAUAUCACCAGCGCUAUUCGGAAGAUCGAGUUCUCCGUCAACCAAAACAUAGCCACGAGAAGAAAGGUUUCUCGACAUUCGCAGGAAGAGACUCCUCAAAAAUCACCGAAUCCUGUCGAGAACUCGAGUACAAACACGCCGCCUUCAGACAUCAAUCAAAACAAUUUAACCGAAGGACAAAAGGUUACAAAGUCGAAGUCGUCAAAAGGCAAAAACAUGGAAAACGAAGAGAUCGCAUUCAAUGAACAUAAUGGGGAUGUGUUUAAUUCCGAACAACAAAAUGGCGAGCUUGGUGGUUUCGAGAGCGCACUUGGCAAAAAUUCUACUGAAGACGAAUGUUUACCGAGCUCAGAGCAUUGUGGAACGACUAUCGAUACUACGAAUGUUGUGGAUGGCGCCGUUUUCGCAAAAUUUGACCCGGAAUCGGCCGUAGCCGAGCAGGUUGAAUCGAAACCUGUCGACCACGACCUCAAUACAAGUCAAACAGAGGAUAGCACGAGCGAAAAUAAACAGUCCAGUGGCACCGAGGUCAAUCUUGAGAUUUCAGACGUUCAAUCUGCCGAGCAGACGGAACCUGCUAAAGUCGACACGGGGAGCGUUGAUGAUGUUCAAAUUGCCUCGGAUAUUCAAAAAGAUGACACCGAUGUCUUGACGAACAAUUCCGAUGUUUCGCCGAGUGAUCCUGAGGUAAAGCCGAGUGUUCCCGAGAUUGCGCCCAUCGAUCUCGAAGUCCCAUUCGUCCCGCCGAGUGAUGGCGAAGUCCCAGUGAGUGAACCCGAUGUGGCUCCGGUCAUGCCUGAUGAGUCGAAAAAUUCCGAAGUCACGGCGCCAGAAUCUGCAGGUUUAGCAUCUAAGACACAGGAUGCGCCGCAAAGCCCACAAAAAUCUCCAAGUCCCCCUGGAAAGAAAGGCAGCGCUGAAACGCCGAAGAAAACGACGGGAAAAACCGCAAAAGAUCCGACAAAGACUAAACCAACAGGGACAAAAGCAGCAGUUAAGAAAGAGCCAGGGAGCACUGCUGGUUCCCGACCAAAAAGUGCAAAACCAACGCGAUCGAAUACUGCGGAAAUCUCAGCUCAGAGGAAGACAGGGAGGCCGACAAGCGCCGUUAACUCUAAUGCAACUGGAAAGUCCAGCACUUCUAAGCCAGGCACACCUAAAACAUCUGCGACCCCCACCAAAUCAUCUACGACCACAUCUAGGCCGAAGGUCCCACCCUCGGGGAAACCGCUGCCGACAAAAACCACUACUGGGAAGACGUCCCCCACAAAUACUAAGAACCCCACCAAGAAACCUGAGCCAAAGGGUGUUCCCUCAACUAAACUGGAACCUAAGGUUGCCCCGUCCACCCGGACAUCGCGACCUGCAAAGACCUCGGCAUUCGGGUCGACAGUCUCCACGGCUCCGACGAAGAAACCCGCACAGAAAGCUCGACCUGCUACCGCCCCAACCGCAAGUAGCGCCACCACUCAGGCAAAAAAGAAACCCGUUGCUGCCAAGGUGCAAUCUUGGGCCAGUGGCACAAGACCGCAAAGUGCGAAGCCUUCGACAAAAGCAAAAGAUGCGACAGAUGGCGGUGUGCCCAGCAAGGAAACUGGGGACGAACGACCUACGUCACCCACAAAACCUCUGGUUCGUAAAACGCAGACGCGUACGGUGACGACGACAAAGACCACGAGAGUUGGAGCUGGUGGAGAGCCUGAGACCAAGUCUCAGACAUUAAAAACUACACGAACAGUCACGGAGGUCAACGGCAAGAAAACGACUAAGACCACGGUGAAGGAAAUAUCCCCGACCGGCAGAAAGCCACUCCGUAUGACAACAGAGACGACCGAGGGGGGAACUGGGGCUAAAAAACCCACCAAACCCCCGGCGACGUCGAAGACUGCAACGAAAACGGCUAAGCCGGGAACUAAAAAGUCCGAGACGAAAACUGGCGCAAAAACUGGACCGAGUAAAUCCAGCAAGGAGACUGGUGCUAAAAAAGCUCCUUCAAAAGCUGCCCCAAAGAGCAAAGAAGUGAAAACUGAGGUUAAGGGCAUGCCCAAAGCUAAGACAGUAAAAGAAUUAUCAAAUGCUUUGGGUAUCACAAAACCCACGGAAGUGAAGGAAGUAAAAGAAAAAGAACCUGAGGAAUGUUCGAAAAAGAAUGUGGAAGCUCCCAGCCUCGAAAAUAUACCUGAUUUGCCGCCUGCACAAACUGAGGUGUCAGCUGCGGAUGAAGGGUCUGUUCAGGUUGAUGUAGAGGAAUCUGUUGUAUCUGAGCCCGAUCAGGCCCCUCGAGAACCCGAGGUAUCCCCAGAGCCCAAAGUUUCUCCUGAGCCCGUAGUGUCUCCAGAACCUGCAGAAUCUCCAGAACCUGCAGAAUCUCCAGAACCUGUGAUUUCUCCUGAGCCUGUAAUACCUCCAGAACCCGCAGAUUCAUCAGAGCCCGUGAUUUCUCCUGAGCCCGUGAUUUCUCCUGAGCCCGUGGUGUCUCCAGAACCUGCAGAAUCUCCAGAGCCUGUGAUUUCUCCUGAGCCUGUAGUACCUCCAGAACCCGCAGAUUCAUCAGAGCCCGUGAUUUCUCCUGAGCCCGUGGUAUGUCCAGAACCCGCAGAUUCUCCAGAACCUGUGAUUACUCCUGAACCUGUAGGGUCACCUAAGCCCGCAGUUUCCCCAGAACCCACGAUUUCGCCUGAGCCUGUAGUGUCUCCAGAACCUGUGGAGGUUGAGCCGAAACAGGAAACUGAGGAGACUGGAACUGAAAGUACAAAGGAGGACUCGGUUGGGGAAACUGAGGUCGUUCAUGAAGGAAAAGAGAUCAUUGAAAAUGUAAAUAUAGACAAUAUUGACGAUAAAAUGGAGGAAAUACCCUAUGUCGAUGAGAUAAAAAAUGUAGAAACGCCGGCUGUGGAACCUGCCGAACAAGCCCGGGCAAAUAAAGAUGAAGUUGGAGAAGAAAUCGUAGCAAAUGAGGAAGAAUCAUGUGAUGUCAUUACAGAAGAUAGCGAGACCAUCGUCAUGACUACACAACGAAUCAUCACCGAAGCUCUCGAAGAGGUGAGCGUCCAAAGUUCGGCGAAAAGUGAGGAACAGUCGAUCGCUGAAAACAUCGCUGAACCACAAGGCACAACGGAAGUGCUCGUUCAAAGUUCGCCAGAACCUCGUGAUCCCUCGGAAAUUGUAGACGAUAGUUUAGAAGACGACAGUCUUGAUGUGAUCGUUGUGCCUGAAAGUGAUACUUCCCAUGAUGAAAACGCACACCAGUUGAUCGAAGCCUGGCCUGCGGUCAGCCUCGACGAAAAGCAUGCACAAGAUACAGAUAUUCUCAACGAUAACAAUAACGCGGCUGCAGAAACUGAACCCAAGUUAGACCCAUUCCUCUUCCAGACGGGCGCGGAUCCAGAAGUGCCUGCUGAUACAACCGCUGAGCAGAAUUUGCUAGACAUCGAGGAUGGAAAACCUGUGUCAUGGCUGAGCGAAUAUCCAGGAAACAACGACGAAAAGCUCGAUAGAGAUUCCGGUUUCCAAGAAAACACUGCAGCCGAUGACCUGUUGGGUUAGACAAUAAAAUUAUGAUUUCUGAGAAACUAUUUAUUAUGAAUUUGGUAAUAUUUAGGGAAAUUUUUUGUACAGAUGUAGGCUGCUAUUUACGAAAUGUAGAAUUAGAUAAAUUUUAGUGAAAGGUAGUCUGGCUUGAGCUGUACGUGUUGAUUCGUUUCAAGAUAUAUGGCAGUUAGGAGCAAGCCUAAAUGAUGCGAAAUGUUCACAAAUUAUUUCCCAUGUCAAAAGGCGUGACUAGUCAAUACAUGAACAAGUGAACAUAAUUAUACACGAAACUGUGUUAAACUUUUGUGUUGUUUAGUAUAGACCAAAAUUGGGCUCUAAAGUUUUAUUAUUACAUAUACAGCUUACUUUAAUACUAGAACUUUAUAAAGCUUAUUCUGGUCUAUAUUAAAUAACACCAGCCUUCCGUACGAAGUCAUAACUCGUAAAUCUUCUUCGGACAAUUGAAUAAAUGUAUUUUCAAUUUAUCAAAUUAGACAGGGAAAAAAAAGCAAAAUAUCCUUCAUGGAUGAAAAGUUUCACCUAAACGUUUGCCGUUGAUUCCAACAAAGGGAAUAUUCUGCAAACGUGGACGGGAAUAUUCGACAACUUGUUGAAUGUGUGGUAUCACCCCAAAAUGAGAGUUUAGGCUUCGUCUAGGGAAAGAAAGCUCAUAAAAUCACUGCCUUUUUUGCAUGUCAAUGUAGUUAUAUGAUUGCGCGUGUGACUUACAGCUGAUAAUUGCCGACAUAAUUUAUAAUUAUAAAGAUAAAUUAUUGGUGUACUUGAUUGAAGCCAAGAAGAUUGUAUAUUUAGGAGAAAUUUUAGAAAAGAUACGAACAAUUAUUUGACUGUGCGCAUUCAACGAUUCAAUAAAAUUACAUAGUUGUUAGCAUUUGUUGUCUGA